AUGGUCGACAUUAAGGUCAACUCCGCCGUACAGAAGGGCAUGCCGUUCAAGUUCUACCAGGGAAAGACCGGUCGUGUCUGGAACGUCACCAAGCGCGCUCUUGGCGUGGAGGUCAACAAGCAGGUGAACACCCGCAUUGUGCGCAAGCGCCUCCAUGUGCGCAUCGAGCACCUGACCCCUUCCCGGUGCAACGUGGACUUCAAGGCGCGUGUGAAGGCCAACGAGGAGCACAAGGCAGCCAACGCCGAGGCCCGCAAGGCCGCCGGCGGCGCAGCCAAGGAGAAGAAGUACAAGAAGCCGGCACCCAUGACCCUCGAGUACCUGCAGGCUCUUGAGAAGCGCAACGCGCGCCCGAAAAAGUCGGACGAGGAGAAGGCGAAGCUGCAUGAAGAGGACAGGAAGAAGCGGGCGGUGAAGGCGCUGGAGCCGCCCGCUCCGGCGGUGGUGGGCGGCAAGAGGAAGCCCCUCGGCCCCCGGCCAGGGUUCCUUGUGCCCGGUACGACCAUGGAGACUCCGGAUCUUAGAAUGUCUACCUUUGAGGACGCUGAGAAGGAGAGCGAGUAUGGAUACAUCAAGAAGGUCUCGGGGCCUGUCGUGAUAGCAGAUAACAUGGGAGGAGCUGCUAUGUACGAGCUUGUCCGUGUGGGAAAUGAUAGACUUAUCGGAGAGAUCAUUCGUCUCGAGGGCGACUCCGCAACUAUUCAAGUGUACGAGGAAACAUCUGGUCUGACUGUUCGAGAUCCGGUGCUUCGAACUCACAAGCCACUUUCGGUGGAGCUCGGCCCUGGUAUUCUCAGCAACAUCUUCGACGGUAUCCAGCGGCCGUUGAAAACCAUCGCCAUUAGGUCCGGCAAUGUGUACAUUCCGCGUGGUGUCGCGGUUCCGGCGCUUGACAAGGACAUCCUUUGGGAGUUCCAGCCCAGGGCUCUGAAUGUUGGAGAUAUCCUUGCGGGUGGUGACAUUUUCGGGACUGUCAUCGAAAACAGCCUUAUGACACAAAAGAUCUGUGCUCCUCCGAAAGCCAUGGGGAAGGUCACUUACGUCGCACCUCCUGGUCAAUAUAGUUUGAAGGAUAAAGUCCUUGAACUUGAGUUCCAAGGGCAGACAAAGCAGUACACUAUGCUUCAGACAUGGCCAGUCCGUUCUCCCCGUCCUGUGGCACGAAAGCUACCAGCGGACACUCCUCUCUUAACUGGCCAGCGAAUUUUGGACGCCCUGUUCCCCUCAGUGCUUGGUGGUACUUGUGCUAUCCCCGGUGCUUUCGGUUGCGGAAAGACUGUCAUCAGUCAGGCGCUUUCCAAGUUUUCGAAUGCCGACGGUGUCAUUUAUGUUGGUUGCGGAGAGCGCGGAAAUGAAAUGGCUGAGGUGCUGAUGGACUUCCCGAAGCUUACCAUGACACUUCCUGAUGGCCGUGAAGAGUCUGUGAUGAAGCGUACCACUCUUGUGGCUAACACAUCCAACAUGCCUGUGGCUGCUCGAGAGGCAUCGAUCUACACUGGUAUUACUCUUGCUGAGUACUUCCGAGACAUGGGAUACAACAUGGCCAUGAUGGCUGACUCCACGUCUCGAUGGGCAGAAGCUCUUCGUGAAAUUUCUGGGCGUCUUGCUGAAAUGCCUGCUGACAGUGGUUACCCUGCGUACCUGGCUGCCAGGCUGGCCUCUUUCUAUGAGCGCGCUGGUAAGGUUCAGUGCCUCGGCAGCCCUGACCGCACAGGAAGUGUCACUAUUGUCGGUGCCGUGUCUCCUCCUGGUGGUGAUUUCUCGGAUCCUGUCACAGCCGCUACGCUCGGUAUCGUCCAGGUGUUCUGGGGUCUGGAUAAGAAGCUCGCUCAAAGAAAGCAUUUUCCGGCUGUUAACUGGCUCAUUUCCUAUUCCAAGUACACCAACGCGUUGGAGUCUUUCUAUGAUGUGGAAUCGCCAGAUUUCAUUUCCCUUCGUACCAAGGCCCGUGAGGUUCUUCAACGUGAGGAUGACCUGAACGAGAUUGUGCAGCUUGUCGGAAAGGAUGCCCUUGCUGAAGGUGACAAGAUCAUUCUGGAGACAGCUCGUCUGCUGCGUGAAGACUACCUGGCCCAGAACGCCUUUUCCUCGCAUGACAAGUUCUGCCCUUUCUACAAGUCUGUAUGGAUGCUUCGCAACAUCAUCCUGUUCUAUCAGCUUGCAACCCAGGCUGUGGAGAGGGCAGCAGGUUCAGAGGGCCAGAAGAUCACUCUCAAUGUCAUCAAGCAGAGGCUUGACGGGAAGGCGGUGUUGGAGGCCAAGUAUCAGAAGCUGAGCGAAGAGCUCACAGCUGCUUUCCGCAGCCUGGAGGAUGAUUACAGCGAGCUGUUGGAAGGGCUGCUGAGGGAGCUCAUCUGCGUGUACUGCACGGACCUCGUCGACCCCACCGACGCUCUUCAGUGUUGCCCCUCUGCUCGCGCCGAUCUGAGAAGGGCCAAGGAGCUGAUAGUGGGGGAUGAGCACCUGGUGUCGGACCUUCAGGGUGGACCUCACGCCAAGAAGCUGAUCGUGGGGUACGAGCACCUGGUGUCGGACCUACAGGGGGAAAUCCAGGCUUUGACUGAGGAGGUGGGGGCGCUAAAGGGGCAGGUGCAGCAGAAAGCGCGGAUUUUGCUUGCAGCAGGAGGGGCGGAUCUUGCUGGAGCCGUGAGAAGCCUGCAGGUGGGAUCUCAGGCGGGACCUCAGGUGAUUUCUCAGGUGAAAUCCGAUCCUACUUCCAACGCGCCUGAGCGUGUUGCCAAAGGAACAGCACCACCAGGUUCAGCAGCAGCAGCAGCAGCAGCAGCAGCAGCAGCAGCUCCUUCUAAGAAGCUUCCUGCACCACACUCACUCGCCUCUCGGUCAUUUGCAAAGUCUCAGAUGACUCUAGCGAGGCAGCCUUGGCAGGGAGGGUUUCUUGUGGGCAGCCUUCCCGGGCACACGGACCGCGUGACCAAAAUUAUCGUCUGCCCGAGAGGCGAGAUUAUUUUCUCGGGCAGCCUGGACGGCACGAUUCGUCUGUGGCGGCGGAAUCAGAUCUCGGCUCAUCUGCUGGAUACGAUUGUGUGCUCUGGUGGAGGAGGGGGAUGGGACAGUGCUGCCAACAGUGGUGAGUCUUGGUCGGGUGAAUAUAGUUCGGGUGAGCAAGGGAGCGGAGGGAGAAGAGAUGCUGCUGCUGCGGUCUUUGAUUUGGUUCUAGACCCCGUUUCAGGCACUCUGUUCUCGUGCAGUGAGGAUGGGAAAAUCAGAAUGUGGAGGGAUGGGAGGUGUGUGGGGUGCACUGGUUGCAGGAGAGGCGGAGAGAGGUGGGGAGAGAGGUGGAGAGGAGGAGGAGGGGGAGGAGGAGCGGGUGGAGAUGUGGAGGGGGGGUUUGAGUUUGGGUCGCUGCCGCUGCGCAUGGCAUGGCAUGACGGGGUGCUACUGGUAGCGUUUAGUGACGGCGAGGUGAGUGCUUGGGCUGUGGUGGAGGAUGCUGCAGCUUGGGCGCAGCAGCAGCAGCAGCAGCAGCAGCAGCAGCAGCAGCAGCAGCAGCAGCAGCAGCAGCAGCAGCAGCAGCAAGGGCAGAGGGGUGUAUUGCGACGAGUGGGUGUGUUACGAGCCGGUACAAGCACCCCGUCUCACUUAACCAGCAACACCAGCGGUGGUGGCGGCGGCGGCAGCGGCGGCGGUGGGAGAGGCGGCAGCAGUGGUAGCAGAGAUUGGGAUAGAGACUGGGAUAGGGAGCACACAGGUGGUGGCCGGGGCGGUGGAGACAGCACCAACGCUUCCCCCUUCAAGCACGGGUUUGCCGAUGUGGUAACCGCACCCGACGGAACCAUCUACUUCACAGCCAAUCACGAGCCGCCGAGGGAGGGCGGUGGGAGCAGCAGAGGAGGAGCAGAGGAGGGGCAGGAGAACCCCCGUUUGUUUAGGGGUGGUGCUGUGGCAGCUUUGCGACGUCUCAAAACUAGCAGUGGGAGCAUUGGGGGCAAUGAAAGCAGAGGAGGAGCAGAGGAGGAGCAGGAGUAUCCUAUCUGUGUGUAUAGGGGUGGUGCUGUGGCGGCAUCUCUUAGAGGGCACAAGGCACAGGUGAUUUCCCUUGCUGUGGGUCCUCCCCUUCUGUUCUCCGGUGAAGAUAAUGGCAGCAGCAGUGGAGGUGGGAAUGGCAUGGGUGCUGGUGCUGCUGGUGGUACUGCUGGUGCGAGUCCUUACUUUGCAGCUGGACCCACCCUCUAUUCCCUCUCUCUCGACGGAGAGGUGAGGAUCUGGAGCGGCGGGAAGUGCGUGGAUGUGCGGCAGGAUUGGGCGGCGAGAAAUUGUCUUGUAGUGGGCCCCGAUUCGGCGGUUUACUGCCCUGGAGGUGGGAAGUACACUGGCAGUGGUGGGAAUGGUGGUGCUAGUGGUGGUGGUGGGGAGGAGGUGUGGCACGGCAGUGACUAUGUGGGGGAGGAGGGAAGGAUGGUACUCUGUAUUGUGGCGAGCGGAAGGAGAUGA